GAAACAGCGAGAAAAGCAAUGGAUCAGCUGAAUAGCAAGCUAAAUGAAGACACUGUAUACAAAAUGGUGAAAGUGCUUGCAGCUCAAACACAAAUAGUUGCUGGCUUGAUCUACUAUCUCACAGUGCUGGCCGCACCCACAAACUGUAAGAAAAGUUCUGGAAUUAUGGAUUCUGCCAAAUGCGCUGUUGACAAAAGCCAGCCGGAAAAGGUUAGAAAAUCUUGGAGUGUUUAUCCUCGAGAGGAACUCGCAAACUGA